AUGCAGUUGUGUGCAGGUUUCUACCAGUGUCUAGACUUAGUUUUUAUUGUGUCGUGUUUAUCAGUUAUCGUCAAUGCAGGCGGUCUUCAUCUUCAUCACUACCACCAUGGAAACGAUUGGAGUUAUGAGGGAGAUCAUGGCCCCAGUCAUUGGCACUCCGUGUUCCCCACGUGUGGAGGUGACAGUCAGUCCCCCGUCCACAUAGAAACUCACAAGGUGUUCGUGGACCGGAAGCUGACCCCGUUUGAGAUGAAAGGUUAUGACCAGGUCCAGAACGUCAACAUGAGUCUGACAAACAACGGACAUACAGUUAAGGUGGACCUAUUGGGUGCCCAGCCCGUGUUACGAGGUGGCGGUCUGUCUGAUGACUUUAAGGUGGAUCAGUUCCACUUCCACUGGGGCGCGGCAGACGACAGGGGGUCAGAGCACGCGCUAGACAACCAGCGUUAUCCAAUGGAGAUGCACAUUGUCCACCAUUCUACAAACUAUGACGACCUGUCUCAGGCAAUGGACAAAGUCAACGGACUCAAAGUUCUAGGAUUCUUUUUUGAG